AAAGAAGAAAUAAGUCCUGAAUUAUCCAAAAGAACUAAUAGAAUUCUUGAACAUCAGUUCAUUCAGGAAUUAUCAUCUGACUAUCAGAAAUAUGCCAUAUUAUAUGAGUCAGAAUUUACGUUAGAUGAUCUUUUUAGGACAGAUUCUUUAGUAAAAAGAUUAAUUACUUAUGAAGUACUGCUUAAAAGUAAGAUCUAA